ACAUAUGCAAAAGGCUAUUAUCUCCUUCAGUCUGUUCAUUCGUGAUUCAUAAUCACCGGUCUAACCAGUUUUUAGGCAUAGAGGCAGCUCCGAGUCCUACUCCCUACAUACCAGACCAUCUAAAUCUACACGGGCUGUUCUCGGCAUUGACAGCAGACAAAAUCCUUCCCUGGAGAGCGCUGUGAAGAUGGGCAAACACCAUAAAGAAAAACUACUGUUGGUCUUCUGUUUGGUUUCAACCUUUGCCAUUUCCGUGGUCGUCUUUGAUAGAGAAGCGAGGUCUGCUGACCUACCCAGAUCCAGGCAGAGUAAAGGACUGUCUCACAUAGGAAAUACAUCACCGGACAAUACAGCUACAUUGAGCCCUGUUGAACAACAGCAGUCGGAACGAUUGAAACGCUUCCAUCAGUACUGCAAUAGUAACUCUCCAGGAAGCAAGAGAUUCUCCCCAGACAUUAACCUCGGUCGCUAUUCCGUCAGUGAGAAAUACAAAUUGAUCUACUGCUUUGUUCCGAAGACCGGAAGCACUACAACAGCACAUGUCAUGUACCAACUGGAAAAUGGACGAGGCACAAACAAAGUCCUGAACAGGACACCUGGAUUGUACCUGAAACGGUUGUCAGACUAUUCAAAUGAGGAGGCCAGUCUGCGCCUGCGCACUUACACCAAAUUCAUCACGGCUCGAGACCCGAUCCAAAGACUGGAGUCUGCAUGGAUUGAGAAGUUCUUAAAAGGCCCUCAGCGCGACGAGUACACGGAGAAAUAUCAGAGCAUGAUUGAGACUGUUCCCCAUCUCAAUCUGAAAAACAAGUCGCCUGGUGACAAAGUGGGAAACAGUUCACUGCAGCAGAUUCCGUUCCUAGCCUUUAUGAAAGCUGUGGCAAGGCAACAGAAGAGGUGGUACAACUCUCACUGGGAACCGGCCUACAUAAGGUGUUCACCUUGUCAGGUACGUCCUGGACUAUUUUG